CAGUUGGCAACACUAGGUGUAGCGUGAAAUCCCCAAAUCAACAAAAAUGUGGCUAAACGUCAGUGCACAAAAGAAAAUAAUAAAGACGAUAAUUUGCAAGAAAUGACAAAAGAUUACAAGACACUUUCCUAAAUUUAAUGGCAUAAUUGAGUGGCUUAAGAGUUUAAAAUCCUGACCCUUCUGACAUUCUAAUCAAACGGAUUGAUCUUCAAUCUCCAAGGAAAAAGGGAAAUAAAUUUUGAUUAAAAACGAUGUCUGAUGAAGCAUCUUCGGAAGGGAGUGAUGAACCAACUGGUAUUCACCUAACAACAAGUAUAAUUAAAUCUGAACGAAUUUGUACCUGGGAGAUAAAAGAAUUUUCAUCUUACAUCGACAUUUUUCAGGUGAUUUCACCACAGUCAGAAGAAUUUCCCUCAAAUUAUGAUUAUUACACCAAAUUUCAAUUAAAACUUUUGUAUUCUCAAAGACACAGUGGACAUGCCGAGAGUGACACUUAUAUCGUGAUGUUAAAAAUAAAACCUAGCGACGAUCUUCAAAAAUGCGUUAUCGAAACAUUGCUCCAGAAUGGAAGUCCAAUGGAAUUCAACUCAAGAAGCAUGUGGACGAAAAAUCAGGGAAAUUCAGACAUCAAUCUACUAAAAAUUGAAAGUUCAAUAAUUCGCACGAGAGAAUUAACCAACUCGUUAUUUAUCAAGUGCAUCAUAAAUGAAUUUUACAUCUCGAAUGAAGAAAAUCCGGAUUUUCACCGUUGUUCAUUGACAAUUGACUUUGACCGACUUCUGGAAGAGAACAUAUUGCCAGAUUUUACUUUUAAUGUUGGAGAUGAAAGUUUUCACGUACACAAAGCUAUUCUCGCAGUUCGUAGUCCAGUAUUUUAUGCAAUGUUUCAUCAAAACUUAUCCGAAAAGAAUAAAAAUGUAGUCGAUGUUCCUGACAUUGAACCAACAGCUUUUAAGGAGAUGUUGAGGUUUAUCUACACGGGAAACGUAAAAAAUAUGAAAAUCAUGGCAUUUGAUCUUUUAAGAGCAGCAGAUAAAUAUCAGCUGGAUGAGCUUAAAACUCUGUGUGAAAAAGCUUUUUGCGAUAUUAGUGUUAGAGAAGCGCCAAGUUUACUUUUAUUAGCUGACAGACAUAAUGCGAAAGUCUUGAAGGAGAAGACUUUACAUUUCAUUAGAAAACAUAUAAAAGAAGCAAUCGGAUCUGAAGAGUUUCUUCAACUCUAUACACGAAAAGACCUUAUUCAGGAAGUGAUGGAGACUGUUGUCAACAAGUGAUGGUUCUGUGUUCAUAAUAUACAAUUCUGCAGCCCAAAUUGUAUUCAUACUUGUUAAUAUAUCAAUAUAGAUUUUUAAAUGCUA